UAAGAAAAACAAAACUUUUGUUAUACCAAUGGCUUACAUAGGCUUACUUGAUGUCUUCAUAGCUUUCCUUAUCUUUAUCAUUUUCCAUUUCUUGAUUCACAAGAAAACCCAUAAACCCUUUCCUAGAAACUGGCCCAUUCUUGGGAUGCUUCCUGGUGUGCUCGUCAUGCUUCACAAGAUCAAUGGCUAUCUUGUAGAAGUUCUCGAAGUCUCCAACUUAACCUUUGUAUUCAAAGGCCCUUGGUUCUCUGGAAUGAACAUGUUGAUCACUGCAGAUCCUGCAAACGUUCAACACGUCUUCAGUUCCAACUUCUCUAAUUACGACAAAGGAUCUGAGUUCAAAGAGAUGUUUGAUUUUCUUGGAGAAGGAAUCUUCACUGCUGACUCCAAACUCUGGGAGGAGAUGAGGAGAUCAUCAAUGGUCAUGCUUAGCCAUCAAGGGUUUCAAAGCUUCUCACUCAAGACCAUUGCGAGUAAAAUCAAGAACGGUCUUGUGCCAGUUCUUGAUCAUUUCGCAAAGGAGAAUAUGGUUUUUGAUUUACAAGACGUGUUCCAGAGGUUAGCGUUCGAUGUAACCCUAACUCUUGUAACGGGUUACGAUUCUAACUCUCUUUCCAUUGAAAUGCCGAAGAAUGAGUAUGCAAAAGCUAUGGAUGAUGCUGAAGAAGUGGUUGUGGUUAGGCAUGUUAAGCCUAUGUUCGUGUGGAAGCUUCAAAACUGGCUUGGACUCGGAGAAGAGAAGAAGAUGACACAAGCUAACGCUGCUUUUGAUAGAUCUUGUGCAAAGUAUAUAUCUGCAAAGAGAGAGGAGAUUCAUCAACACUCCACUAUUGGAGAAAAAGCUCAUGAUGUGGAUUUAUUAAAAUUCUAUAUGAAUCUUGAUACCUCCAAGUAUGAGCUCUUAAACCCUAAAGACGAUAGCUUCCUCAAAGACAUCAUCAAGAGUUUCAUGCUUGCUGGAAGAGACGCCAUUGCAACAACUCUCACUUGGUUCUUCUGGCUUCUCUCCAAGAACCCUGAAGCUCUGACCAAGAUCCGUCAAGAGAUCAACACAUAUCUAACAAGAUCCUCCGACAAGAGUUUAGACCAAGACAAGUUAAGCAAGAUGGUGUAUCUACAUGGUGCAUUGUGUGAAGCAUUAAGGCUAUACGCUCCUAUCCCGUUCGAGAGAAAGUCUCCCAUAAAGCAAGAUGUGCUUCCAAGUGGACACAAGGUGGAUGCAAAGUGGAAGAUCUUGUUCUCUGUCUAUGCCUUGGGGAGAAUGAGAGCCGUGUGGGGAGAGGACGCGUCUGAGUUUAAGCCGGAGAGAUGGAUCUCUGAGAGAAAUGGAGGCUUGAAACAUGAACCUUCUUUCAAGUUCUUUGUGUUUAACUCUGGUCCAAGAAAUUGCUUGGGGAAAAAAUUGUCUUUCUUGCAGAUGAAGAUAGUAGCUACUGAGAUCAUACGAAACUAUGACAUCAAUGUCCUUGAAGGGCACAAGAUCGAGCCAGCUUCUUCUAUAGUCCUUCACAUGAAACAUGGUCUCAAAGUCAAAGUUGCUAAGAGAUGUUUGGUUUCAUAAACUGAAAUUACAAUACGUGACCUGCUUGAGAUCAAUCAUCCCCUAUAGAUUAUUAUUUUAUUUGAGAAGUAAGUUCUCAAAGUAUAUAAUUAAGGGUUUCUCUAUAAUUAAUGUAUGAAUACCUCUCAUCUCUCAUG